CUACAACACGGAGAGCAGUUCGAUGUUUUGCGCCUACGGCCGUAAUCGGACCGUCCCGACGGCCGGCGCGCGCGCGCGCAAACACACGCACAAUCUGCGGUGAGGGCGGCGGCGGCAGCACCAGCUAGCACCACGGUAGGAACCGGGAACGCGGCGCGCGGGCACUAGCGUCGACGACGUCAACGCGUGCACUGUUCGUUCACUUCGCUGGUAGUCUCUCUCGCGCGCGCGGGGUGGAGGAAGCCGUGCUAUAUACAUAGCCGCCGCCGACCACGACGACGACGAAGAUCGGCCGCGCCAGUGUUCAUUCGAAAAAAAAAUAACACAAUAAAUACUGUUAUCAAUCGCCGCCGACUGUUACUAUUUUACGACUACCACUACAACUGCUAUUUAGUAGUAUUUUUAUUAAUAAUAAUAUAAUAUUAUAAUAUUAUCGUCAUUCGUUUUUAUAUUAUUAUUAUUAUUAUCAUCGUCAUAAUAAUAAUAUAGGCAACCGCGUGAGACGUCUGACGUAGUAGUUGUAGUAGUUGUAAGUAGGCUGCUGGCAGACAGGUAGGUAGGCGCACACGUCUUUUCUCGAACGACGCGUACCUGCUGCCGCUAGUCGUACCGCCGUCGCCGUCGACGCGUAUCUCGAGCAAUCGGCUGUUGGUAACCGACCACCGAUUUGCCGUCUCCGUUACACUAUCGUUACGUCUUGUUCGGUGCGUUGUGAUAACAAAGUAAAAUAAUAAUAAUAAAUUUAAUUUAAUCUAAAUUUUGAUUUUUGGCACAUAUUAUUGUCAUUGUCAUUAUGUGUGUCCGCGUACACGUCCGUUUAGAAUAGUUAUUGACGGCUGUUAGGCGUGUACGGGCGAGAAAGAUACAAUUUGAUCCGCGCGAAGUGGAGGUGAGCGAAGCCAGGAAAAAAAUCAACACGCAAACCGGAAGAUUUUGUCGGGGGCGCGCGCGCACACACACGCACACGCACACACGACUCGGUCGCGCACACGUUCACACGUAAUAAUAUAAUAUUAUUAUACGUACGCUGUCAGAUAUUUACGCACACGCACAUACAUUGGCGGCGCGCGGACACGAAGACGUCGAAAACGGUUAACGGUGUCAUUGAUGGGAAGUGGUGGACGUCAGCCCGGGCAUCCGGAAAUCAGCCAAACUGGAACUGAUGGAAUUAGAAAACAUUGUUGCCAAUACCGUGUACCUCAAAGCAAGAGAAGGUGGUACAGAUAGCAAUAAAGGGAAAAGUAAAAAAUGGAAAAAAAUCCUCCAAUUCCCACAUAUAUCUCAGUGUGUUGAUUUUAAACCACUAAUAGAUAUGAAAUACAGCUAUAUUAUAGAUCAACAGCCAAUUGGCCGGUUACUAUUUCUUCAAUUUUGUGAAGAAGAACGACAUGAAUUUCAUCGCUACAAUGUAUUUUUAGAUUCUAUUGAUAAAUAUGAAAUAGAAUCUGAUGAAAAUAGAAUAGAACUAGCAAAAAUACUUUAUGAUAGAUAUAUAAGAAGAGACGCAGUUAAUGCAGUGGACGUACUAAGCGAAGACAUGAUAGUUAGAUGUCGGCACCAGUUAGACUCUGCUCAUAGAGAGUUAUUUACUGAUUGCUCAACUGCCGUGAAAUCGUUCUUAGCGGGUCGUCCAUUUAGUUUGUUUGAAUCUUCAAUGUAUUUCCAUAGGUAUUUACAAUGGAAGUGGUUAGAAAGGCAAACUGUUACAUACAAAACAUUCCGCAUGUAUAGAGUACUUGGUAAAGGUGGUUUUGGAGAAGUUUGUGCUUGUCAAGUCAGAGCAACUGGUAAGAUGUACGCUUGUAAAAAAUUGGAAAAGAAACGGAUUAAAAAACGAAAAGGUGAAGCAAUGGUUUUAAUUGAAAAACAAAUCUUACAAAAAAUUAAUUCUAAAUUUGUGGUUAGUUUAGCUUAUGCUUAUGAGACAAAGGAUGCACUGUGUUUAGUAUUGACUAUUAUGAAUGGUGGAGAUUUAAAAUUUCAUAUUUACAACAUGGGCUCAGAACCUGGUUUUGAUAUUUCAAGAUCACGAUUCUAUGCCGCUGAGGUAUUAUGUGGCUUAGAACAUUUACAUGUUCAAGGCAUAGUAUACAGGGAUUGUAAACCAGAAAAUAUACUUUUGGAUGACGCAGGGCAUGUUCGCAUAUCUGACCUUGGUUUAGCAAUGGAGAUACCUGAAGGUGAAUCAGUCAGAGGGAGAGUAGGCACUGUUGGUUAUAUGGCACCUGAAGUAAUUGAUAAUGAAAAGUAUACAUAUAGUACAGAUUGGUUUAGCUUUGGAUGUUUAGUAUUCGAGAUGAUUGAAGGUCAAGCUCCAUUUAGAGCUCGGAAAGAAAAAGUUAAACGUGAAGUAGUUGAUCGAAGAGUAAAAGAAGAACAAGAAAAAUACUCUCAUAAAUUUACUGAAGAAGCAAAACUACUGUGUAAACAACUAUUGAAAAAGUCUCCAAAGUCAAGACUUGGUUGUCAUUAUGGUCGUUACGGUGCUAGGGAAGUGAAACAGCAUGAGUUUUUUAAGACCAUGAACUGGAAAAGACUUGAAGCUGGUGUAGAAGAUCCUCCGUUUCUUCCAGAUCCCCAUGCUGUAUAUGCCAAGGAUGUAUUAGAUAUAGAGCAGUUUUCUACUGUCAAAGGAGUGAAUUUAGAUGCUACAGAUGAUACAUUUUAUACAAAAUUCAAUACAGGAUCAGUGUCUAUACCGUGGCAAAAUGAAAUGAUCGAAACUGGUUGCUAUAAAGAACUUAAUGUAUUUGGGCCAAAUAAAUCAAGAUCGCCUGAUUUAGUUUUAGAUUUAAUGCCAGAACCUGAAAAGACUGGUUGUUUUCCAUUUAGUAGAAGAAAAACACAAUCAGCUAGAUCAAAGCCAGUUCCUAUUAAGGAUCAAUGUUUUCUUAAUAAACAAAAUAAAAUUGCCGACGAAAUCCCAAGUUGAUGGAAUAUCACAUCUAUAGAGUAUAGAGUCUAGGUGAUUUAAUGCAUUACCACUGAUCCUACAGUCCUUUAAUUUUUUUCCUCGCUAAAAUCUAUAAAUUGACAAAAUCUGUUUGUAAUUCAUUUUUAUUUUCUUACAAAAACUUUAAAUUAAUAAAUAUUUAAUCAAAGGUGUAUGACAAAAGAAAAUAAGAAAAGAAAAACAAUGAAAUGUGAAAUUUUGCAAUAAUAAAUGAGGUUAAAAGUUUUUUUUUAUACUCUUUAAUCUAGUACAUUCAAUCUUCAUUGUUUUUUUUUUUCUUUAAUAAUGUCUACAACAAUUUAUAUCUUUUCAAACGUUUUAGUCAGCAAUCUAAGUCAGAUAACAAUUUGUCAUUCUGGAAUUUGUUUGAUGAUUUUUUUUCUUUGAUAUAUUGUUUUAUGUAUUUUGGAAUGGCAAGUUGUAAUUUUGAUGGACUUACUGGCUAGUAAAUUAAUCAUAAAAUUAGUAUUUUUUAAAUGUAUAACAUAAUUACUUAGGCUGUUGAUAAAGUGAUAUUGUUUAAUAUUUUUAAGUUUUUAAUUAACUUUAAUUUUAAACAUUGUAUAAUCAGACUAAAAUACGCAUAAAAAUGGCUGUAAUGUGGCCACUCAAUUUUAACCUACUUAAAACGCUACAAAAUGUCGAUUUCUUUGUCUUCCCAUUUGGUUUUAAAUUUUAUUAUAAAUAACUAAUUUUUAAACCAUUAUAAUGUUACUGUUAACAAUCGUUAUAUAAAGUACAAAUUGGAAGAAAACAUUUUUCUAGCUACCAUGUAUAAAGUUUACUAAACAUUAAGGUUUUCUUUGAAUGGUCUAAAUAAUGUAUUCAAAUAUUACCAAUCUCUUAAGUUAAUGUACACGUGUUUCGUUAUUCUGUAUAGUUACUUUUUUAGUCUUCCAUAAAUAAUUGAUUACAACUUAAAAAUAAAUUUCAUUUAUUUUAAAUCUAAGUUUGAAUAUUAUAGCAAUAAUUGCUAAAGUAUUUUUUACAAUUAUUGUAAAACUUUUAAUUAUAACGUGUUUAAGAUUAAAAAAUCGCGUGUAGCAAAAAAAACAAUCGCAAUAAAUAUAAAGACGAAUAUACCUCUAACAGGCAGCUGAUUUAGUUAAUAUUUUGCUGACUCUUGCCAUUUUAUAUA